GCACAGAUGAGACUGUUGGCUUUUUUAAGUCUGCGAGAUUUUUGCGAAAAAGCAUUAGAAUUUGUAGAAUAAAUAAAGAAAUAAAAAGGCUGAAAAAAUGGUAGUGAGGCAGUACAAUGAGGAACUUAAAUAUUUGGAGAAAAUCAAUCCAUAUUGCUGGAAAAUUAAGAAGGGUUUCCAACCUAACAUGAAUGUUGAAGGAGUAUUUUAUGUGAAUAAUACUCUUGAAAAACUGAUGUUAGAUGAACUGCGAAACUCUUGCAGACCUGGCAUGACCGGAGGAUUCCUGCCGGGUGUGAAACAGAUAGCUAAUGUAGCCGCACUGCCAGGUAUCGUCGGCCGGUCUGUCGGCUUGCCAGAUGUUCAUUCAGGUUAUGGAUUUGCUAUUGGUAAUAUGGCUGCUUUCGAUAUGUCCGAUCCUACAUCAAUUGUUUCACCUGGAGGAGUAGGUUUCGACAUUAACUGUGGUGUCAGACUUUUAAGAACCAAUUUACACGAAAAAGAUGUUCAGCCUAUUAAGGAGCAACUAGCCCAGAGCCUGUUUGAUCACAUACCUGUAGGAGUUGGCUCCAAAGGAAUUAUUCCCAUGAAUGCUCGUGAUAUGGAAGAAGCUUUGGAGAUGGGUAUGGAUUGGUCUCUCCGAGAGGGAUAUGUGUGGGCUGAAGAUAAAGAGCAUUGUGAAGAGUAUGGGCGCAUGUUGAAUGCUGACCCUUCUAAAGUUAGUCUCCGAGCCAAAAAGAGAGGUUUGCCACAGCUCGGUACAUUGGGGGCUGGAAACCACUAUGCUGAAAUACAAGUUGUAGAUGAAAUCUAUGACAAAUAUGCAGCCGGAAAAAUGGGCUUGGAGAGAGUUGGUCAAGUGUGUGUCAUGAUCCAUUCUGGCAGUAGAGGAUUUGGCCAUCAGGUUGCUACUGAUGCUCUUGUACAAAUGGAGAAGGCUAUGAAGAGGGAUAAAAUUGAGACAAAUGAUAGGCAGCUAGCUUGUGCAAGAAUCAAUUCUGUUGAAGGUCAGGAUUAUUUGAAGGCUAUGGCAGCUGCUGCCAAUUUUGCAUGGGUAAACCGUAGUUCCAUGACAUUCUUGACUCGUCAAGCAUUUGCUAAACAAUUUAAAAUGGCACCUGAUGAUCUUGACAUGCAUUUGAUCUAUGAUGUCUCUCAUAAUGUUGCUAAGGUUGAAGAACACAUUGUGGAUGGAAGACCUAAAACAUUAUUGGUACAUAGAAAGGGUUCAACCAGAGCAUUCCCCCCCAAUCACCCAUUGAUUCCUGUUGACUACCAGCUGACUGGUCAGCCUGUGCUUAUUGGAGGCACUAUGGGCACCUGCAGUUAUGUUCUCACUGGAACUCAUCAGGGCAUGACUGAAACUUUCGGAUCAACUUGCCAUGGAGCGGGCCGUGCGUUAUCUCGGGCCAAGUCUAGACGCAACUUGGAUUAUAAAGAAGUCCUAAAUAAACUGGAAACUCUAGGCAUCUCUAUUCGAGUAGCCUCGCCAAAAUUAGUGAUGGAAGAAGCCCCAGAAUCUUACAAGAAUGUAACUGAUGUGGUGAACACAUGUCAUGCUGCUGGCAUCAGUAAGAAGACUAUUAAAUUAAGACCUAUUGCUGUAAUUAAGGGAUAAUAGAUAUUUUUUUAACAUCAUGUAAGAACUGAUCUUUUUGUAUUUUAUUUAACCAACUUACUGAAU